AUGCCAGUUACAACAAGAAACACAGGCACUCGCAAACUCGCAACAAGAGGAGCAAAGCAAAAAGCAACGACAGAAAAGAUUCCAACCCCAGAAACCAGCACAAAGCCACGAGAAUCCGUACCAACGGGAUCCAAACGAAACGCAAAACCAGGCAUGUCUACUCCAACUCCAGCGAUAAAAACAGAACCACAAGAAUCUGUAGCAAAGGGAUCUAAGCUGGAAGCAGCAACAGCCAAGUCGCCAAAUUUAACAACAAAAACAAAAUUGCAGGAACCCGUAGCGACGGGCUCCAAGCGAGCAAAACAAAGAAGAAAAUCAAACCCACUCGGAAUCAUUACCCCAGAUUGGCUAAGGAGGAUGGAGAGCGAGUUUCCUGUGUGUAUCAAAGAAGCUUCCCAGAACGCUUUACGUGUGCUGGUAUAUGAGCUAUGGUUGCUAUCUCGCAGAGACUACCCAGAAAUUCGAGAUAGAAUCCAUCACAGAUUGUCUAAACGAACAUACGAGGUUUCUGAUCAUGACUUCGCUGAGAAUGAUUUCACCUGGUUGACCUUCGAUCAACGUUCGACUCGUUUCGAACAGGAGAGGUUCGAUAUGCUUGUGAGGGUCUUUCAGGACGACUACAGGAAAUAUACGUCUACCGAUGACGAUACCGACUUCGACGACGACCCAGAUUCUGGUGAGCAGCUCCCAGCGAAGAGGAGAAGGGUUGAAGAUCCGGGGAAAGAAUCUUCGAGACCUGUAGGUCGUGGUGGUGGAGUGAAAACAGAUUUCGUAGACGAGAGUUCUUCAGACAAAGAUGCGGAGGAAGGCAGCGAGAAGAGCAAUGACGAUGAAGAAUCCAACAGCGAGGGUAGCGAGCAAGAUGAAGACUCAGAUGAAGAGAGAGAAGCAUUUGACCGGUGGUACUCUAUGUCCUGGUAG